AUGGCCGGUCGCGGAAUCGCGCUGACGAAGCCGGCAUGGAUGAAGGAGCAGGAGGAGAAGGCUAAAGCAGAAGCGGCUCGAGCAGCAGCCGUCGCCGCCUCCAAGUCCGGCGCAGUAGGCGGAGGCGACGACACCGACAGCAGCGACGACGAGGAGGAGGACGAAGCGCAGCGGCUCGCGAAGAAACCCAUCGGGCCGGUCUGCCCCGCCAAGUGCUCCGCCGCGGGAUCGGGCGUCGGGGGCGGAUCGGCGGGCGCGCCGGUGUCCUUCGUUAUAGUCCUUAAAGACGAGGACGGGCGGCGGAUCUUAGCGGGCGGCGCGAAGGUGACGGUGAAGGUGACACCUAAGGCGGGCGUGCCUGGACAGGAGCAGAUCGCGGCGAUCAAGGACCACGGCGACGGGUCGUACACGGCUGCUUACACCGUACAGCACCGAGGAGAUUACACGGUCAACGCGGAAGUCAACGGCAGUCCCAUCAUGGGCAGCCCGUUCCCGGUUUUCUUCAGCGCUGCUACAGCCGGUCAACAGGCGUCAACGCCGCUUCCGGUGGCGGUCAACGCGGCGCCGGCGCCUCCGCUGAUGCCGACGCCGUCGCUGCCGACGCCGCAACUGCCGACGCCGCAAAUGGCGCCGGGCAUGCAUAACCCGUUGAUGGCGGCGGCGCUUCAGUUCCGCGGGCUGCUGCCGAGCAUGGGGGGAAUGCCUUUCACGAGCCCGUACCCCGGCAUGGCGGGCGGCGUGCUGCCCGGAACCGGAGGAUUGACGAACAUGCCUCUUGCGCCAUCAGCGGCGGCGAUGGCGGCGGCGCAGAGCAUCAUGGCGGUGCAGGCGAUGCAGGCGCAGGCGCAGGCGCAAGCACAGGCGCAGGCGCAGGCGCAAGCGCAAGCUCAAGCGCACGCUCAAGUGCACGCGCAGGCGCAGGCGCAGGCUCAGGCGCAAGCGGUGGCGGCAGCGGCGGCGAUUCAACAGCAGAAGCUGUUGCAGCAGAAGAGCGAAUACAUCGAGGACUUUUAUUCGGCGAUGGACGACGACGAGUUGGAGCGAACAAUGCACGUUACCAACGUCAGCGCCAUCCUCACGCCCGAGCAGCUUCGCCAGCUCUUCGCCUUCUGCGGCACGGUUACCCGCUGCGAAUUCCUCAACGACAAGAAAACCGUCGCACACGUGCGCUUCGGGAAAGCCGACGAGGCGAAAGCGGCGCUCGCGCUGAACAACAUGGCGGUCGGCGACAAGCAGCUCAAAGUCGAGCUCGCAAAAACCGCGAAAGCCACGCGCCAGGCCGUCCUCACCGCGCUCGCUCCGCCCGCCCCCGCACCCGCGCCCGCUCCCGCGCCCGCCGCCCCCGCGCCGUCCCCUGCGACGACCGCUGCGACGUCGCAGAUGGCGAUGCAGCAGGCCGUCGCAAUGCCGUUCAUGCAGUUUCAGCAGGCGCUCGCGAUGCAGCAGGCGCUGGCGCAGCAGGUGCGCAGCUCGGAAGCCAAGACCAAGGCGGAACUCGCCGCGAAGCGCGCGAAAGAGAUCAGCCGCGCGAUUGCGGCGGGCGGCGCGGGGAAGGAAGACGGGAAGGACAACGGGAAGGGCAAGGACGGGAGCGGCUCCGACAGUGAGGAGAGUGAGGAGGACGAGGAGGAUGAGGAGGAGAGGGGGAAGGGAAGGGGUGGGCGGAAGGAGGCGGAGCGGCGGGAGAAGGAGCUGCGAGAGAAGCUGCUUCGGGACAAGCUGGAGAGGCAGCGGCGCGAGGCGGAGAGGCGGAGAGGUGCGGAGGAGGAUGACGAAGAUGAGGAGGAGGAAGAGAGGAAGGAAAAGAAGGGCGAGCGGGUUGCGAGGAAGGGAGGGCUGGACGAGGAGGACGAGAGUGAUCGCUCGGAUGGGGAAAAGCGAGCUAAGAAGGAGGAGGAAGAGGAGGAUAGUGACCGCUCUGAAGGAGAGGGAGGGAGGGUGAAGACGAAGAAAGUGGAAGAGGAUGAAGAGGAGGAGGAGGAGAGGCGCAGUGGGAGCGAGGAGAGGCGUGAGAGCGUCGAGAAGGAGGAGGAAAGCGAGGAGAAGGCGAAAGAUGCUGGGUCGCGGCGUGCAGGGAGUGAGGGUGAGGGAGAGAGUGAGAGUGAAAUAGAGAGGGCCAAGAAAAUGGAGGUUGAUGCAGAGAAGGAGAAGGAUGAGAGCGAAGAGGAGAAGGAAAUUGAGAGGAAGAAGGGAGGGGAUGAGAGUGAGGAAGAGAAGGAAAAAGAGGAGGAGAAGGAGACGGAUGAUAUUGAAGAAGAGAGGGAAAUGGAGAGGAAGGGAAGGGUUGAAAGUGAUGAGGAGAAGGAGAAAGAGGAUGAGAGGGAGAAGGCGAAGGAGAGAGAGGGGGAUGAGAGUAACGAGGAGAAGGUGAUUGAGAAUGGGAGCAAAGGAGGAUCGGAGGACGAGGGAGCCGCGAAGGAGGGAGGAGAGGGGGAGGAGGAGGAGGAUGAGGAUGAGAAGGAGAGGAGGAGCAGGAAGGAGAGUGAACGGCACAAGGAGAAGAAGAGGAAGCACCGCCGGAGGAAGAACCGUGAUGAUGACGAAGAGAGUGAGGAGGACGAGGAGGAGCGGCGUCACAGGCGCAGCAGGAGGAGCAAGAAGAGCCACAAGCUUCGGCGCAGCCGCCAUGACGACGACGAGGAUGAGGAAGGCGAGGGGAGGAAGGAUAGGUCGUCUGAUGAGGACGAGAGGGAUGAUAGGGACAGGAAGGAGAAGGGUCGUGGGGGGAGGCGGAAGGAGAGAGGGUCUGAUGAUGAGGAGGAGGAGAAGGGUGGAAGGAGGAGCAGCAGGAAGAGGUCGGGGCGCGAUGAGUCUGAUGAGGAAAGGGGACGGUCUUCUAAGGAUAAGAAGCACCACAGCCGCAGCCAUCGCUCCAGGUCUCCAAUGCAGGCCACUCUUGACCUUCAGAUCAACAUACCAGCACAGACAGCUAAACACCAUUCAUGUGGAGGAUCCGUCCACACUCCAUCAUGGACCGUGCAUCCAAUCGGGCAUCAGCCAGCCAGCCAACGCACAAGAUGGAUUGAGGUAUGUGCAUUGUGGGGGAACAGAUGGCCAGAGACCUGCCUUGGAGCAUAG